GCAGCAAGCACUUGCUUUGCCCCAACGAUCGCUGAGGCAAAUUCCCGUGAACGUUGUGUACUUGCUCCAUCAGAUCUCGAUUCUCUAGCUUGGGACCGAAACGGACCUCUUAGAGAUUGUUCAAUUUGUCGAACAUUCGCUGCCGGUGCUAUCAAAGCCAUUUUGUCGACUCCAGCUGAUGAACAAAAAUGUAUUCGGUCUGAAGUAACCAAAGCAAUUGCCAAAGAAGCCGACUACUGCCUUGGUAAAAAAAUUCCAAACUUUCCAGGUGUUCCUGAUCUUCCAGACUUUGAAGAAGCAUCUUUUGCUUAUAAAGAAAAUGUAAUUAAGUCAGUAUCGGACUACAUCUUGGUCAGAAGUAGACUUGCUUUCUGCGCAGAAAGAAAGCCGAAUAGAGCUGCAGCCACUAAAGCUUGUUUGAAGAAUCCAUUCCCCGGUUAUCUUGCAAAACACUGCGAUGUUCUAAAGAAAUGUGACCAGCAAGUACCGACCAGUUGUAACCGACAAAUUCAGGAAAUUAAAGCUGCAACGUGCUCGUGUAUUGAGGACACACGUGAUGAUCUUAAACGUCGUAUUGCUAGUGUUGCUGAAGCAAUCAAAUCGACUGUAGAAGGCGGCGGACGGGGUGUUCCAGCGAUUGGUUCUGGCAGUAAAGUUGAUGUUUGUGUAUCCAACAUAAAAGCACACAUGGUUUCACCGGUUAACGACUGGGUUACUGUUAUUGACUCAGCACUUAACACAUGCAUCAAGAACAAACCUGCAGGUCAAUCUCUGGGAAUGGACUCACUUCUGAAUGUUGGCUGCAGAAAGGUUAUUGCUGAUACAACGGGUACAGCAUCAUCUCAACUGAAGACUGGCUUCGACUUUAUAAACAACCUUAUUGAUGCCAUGGUCGAUCGAUCUGGUCGUUUCUGUAGCGGUACACAUUGUCCUCAGUAA